CAACUUAGUUGCCUUUCCCGGCGUCACAACGUGCGCGGUUCCUUUAAGAGCGUCGAGAGUGAGGCUGUGAUGACGUCGUCAGCGUAGAGCCCGGAGUGGAUCCGGAGGCAGUGGCGGAGAGGCGGCGGCGGUGGCGGCGGUGGUGGCGAGAGAGCGCGACAGACGAUUGAAACGCUGUUUCGUGAUCAGGCCACACCAUGCGUGAAUACAAGCUAGUAGUCCUCGGAUCAGGAGGUGUGGGUAAAUCCGCUCUGACAGUCCAAUUUGUACAGGGAAUUUUUGUUGAAAAAUAUGAUCCAACAAUAGAAGAUUCUUACAGAAAGCAAGUGGAAGUUGAUGGACAGCAAUGCAUGCUGGAAAUUCUUGAUACAGCAGGAACAGAGCAAUUUACAGCAAUGAGAGACCUGUACAUGAAAAAUGGGCAGGGGUUUGCGUUAGUAUAUUCUAUUACAGCACAGUCAACAUUUAAUGACCUCCAGGACUUGAGAGAACAAAUCCUCCGGGUGAAGGACACAGAAGAUGUUCCCAUGAUCCUGGUUGGCAACAAAUGUGACUUGGAGGACGAGAGAGUUGUGGGAAAAGAGCAGGGUCAGAACCUUGCCAGACAGUGGAACAACUGUGCCUUUUUAGAGUCGUCUGCAAAGUCGAAGAUCAACGUUAAUGAGAUUUUCUAUGACCUGGUCAGACAGAUAAAUAGAAAAACGCCAGUGGAAAAGAAGAAGACUAAAAAGAAAAAUUCAUGCUUGCUUCUCUAAAACCGUAGCUUGCAGCAGCUCUGAGCCAGAAUGCAGAAAUGAAGAACUGUUGCCUAAUUGGAAAGUGCCAGCAUUCCAGUUCUAGAAAGAAAAAAAAAAUAAAAACAAAAAACAAUUGCAUUUCGGAGAAAUCAUGAAUCGAAGAACAGCCACACCACAAAUUCACCCAGAUUUAAGGAAAGCAGCUUUGUGUUACUAUUAUUGUUUUUUUUUUAUUGUAUUUUCUGUCACUUUGGCAAGGACUUCCGGUUCUGGAUGAUGAUGACGACGACGGUUCGCACUCUACAGUCCCAGGUUUUGGUCCCUGUCCCCAGGUCAGCAUCACUUCUUGGCAGAAAACAGACAACAGUGUUUUCAACCUUUGCAAUAGUAAUGAAAAAGAUGUGAAAUUAUUUUAUUUGAACUUAGCUGUUUAAUUAUAUGGGGGGGGAAAAUAAUAACAAAGCAUGGGUGCAUUUCAAUAGAUUCUCAGUGUUGCAAGUGAAAUCAAUUUUUUGACUAAACUAGACCCCACCACCUCACCCGCCUGCCCCAUGACCGAUUUUCCUUGCAUCCUGACAAUCCCACAUUAAUAAUUUAUAAAAUUGUAGUUAUUAUUUUUUUUCUCUUUUGUUCUUCAUUGGUUUCAUUGCAUUUAUUUUUCUAACACCUCAUCCACCAGUCCAAAUGUCGCCCCCCGGUGGUUAAGAGUGGCGCAUUUUGAAUUCUCAUUAUACAGUGGAACCUCUAGAUACGAGUUUAAUUCGUUCCAGCACUGAGCUUGUAUAGCGAAUUUCUCGUAUCUAGAACAAACUUCCCCAUUGAAAAUAAUGGAAAUCCAGUUAAUCCGUUCCGCACCCCAAAUAUAUUAACAUAAAAAUCAAUUUUCCUAACAAAUAACACUGAUAAAUUAUAUAUACUGUAGUCUACCUUUAAUAAAUAACACUGGUAAAUAAUAUAACUGAUUAUUAAAAGAAUCAAAACAGGUGUCCAAAGUGCAGUAGAGCAUUCAAUACAUCUUUAAAUAAAUAAUCCUUAAAACAGUUGUGAAGUGGAGGUUUAAAAUACACAAGAAUAACAAUCCUUUAACACGAGGUUAAAACGUCAAAAGGAUGCAGUCUUUAAAAAACAGAUGACAAUCCCCGGUGCUUCUUCUCUGUUAGCGUCUCACCUGCGGGCUCUGCAACAGGCGAGACACUCUUAAUGCAGCUGACCUUCUCUACACCGUCCUGCUUCAGCUGUUUGGCUCGCCUGUUCAGCUACACGCGAGCCUGCGCUCGCUCUUCCGCACCGACUUACUGCGCCCGCCUGCCUGCUGCAACCUCCGUUCUCCCCCUUAACCGGCUCGCGCUUAUCUAUAUAUGCGGGGAGGACAUGGCAGCUGCAGCCCAUCAGCCACAGGAACAAUCAUGGAUGUGGGCAGUUUCCCACCUGUGCACUUAAGUGAGAAACGCAGACACCGCAGAUCGCGGCUUGCAACUGCUACCACGCCCCCUUUGCUAAGCCGCGAGCUAUACCCACAGCCUGGGUCGUGGCUCGUUACGCGAGCCAAUGCUCGCAUUUAGAUCUGAAAUUUUCGCUCAUACUUUCCUCGUAUUUUGAAUUUCUCGUAUACAGAGGUGAUCGUAUCUCGAGGUUCCACUGUAUUACUAUACUCAUUUAGAUUUUUUUUUUCCUCACUUGUAUUACUUCUUCAAACAGAAAGAUGAAUGCCAGCAUUUUUAUUUUAUUUUAUUAUUUUUCACUUUUAUUUCCGGUGAGUUCCCAGACUCUCAUCCGACUGCAUUCUAGAUCCCCCGCCCACCAUCCCCUUGCCCCCCGUGGUUAACUUUAACUUGUUUAGUUUCCAGUGACUUCGUUUUAUACUUUGAAGUUCCAGGAUUUCAUUACUUCUGUGUUUACCCAUAACAUGUUCAAAUUAAAAUGUUUUGUGCAUAAUGCUUUGGAAAAAAAAAUGGGUCUUUUAUAGAAAAGGAGGGGAAAAAAGUUAUAAAAAAGAGGGGUUAAGUAGAGCCCCCCUACUGAUUUCUAUGUCUAAAAGCUAAAAUAUAUUAUACUAAACCAACUCUAAUAUUGCUUCAUGUGUUUUACUGUCAUUUGAUUAAUUUCCAGCUUUUAUGAACAAUUAAAUUUUAGUACAUUUUCA